AUGGCACUGCAGGGGUCAUCAAUCACUGCCUGCUUUAGUCUUGAGAAAGGAAUCGAACUUGAUUGCCACUGGGUGGAAUUUGAUGAUGUUCGUUACCAUGUUCAGGCGGCGAUGAAGAAUCCCCAGCUGCUGCUACUAUCAGUAUCAUUACCGACGCCACCGCUAGAAACUGUUUUUUUUGGUGGACUUCCGCUCGGAGCCAUAGAAGCUAUAAAAGCGGCAUAUGGUGUGGUUGUACAAAUUCUUGAUCCUCCAAGAGAUGGCUUCAACCUCACGGUGAAACUAAACUUGUCAAAACUUCCCCCAGAUGAAGAAUACAAACAUGCUCUUCUGGUAAAGAUUGCAUCUGUGAGGGAAGUGGUACUGGGUGCCCCAUUGAGGGUAGUUCUGAAACAUCUUGCUUCAAGGGCUGUUGUUCCGGAUGUCAAUAAGCCUAUUGCCCUUGUGCAUCGGCCAAAGGAGUCCUUUUUCCUUGUUCCUCAAGCAGAAAAGGUGACCGUGGUGUUUCCUAUGAGAUUCAAGCAUUCCGUAGAUACUGUUCUUGCAACUUCUUUCCUACAGGUAGUGAGCCAAUUUCUCCCCUCUCUGGACAAUUUCUUUGAUUUGUGGGUAAUAGGCAUACCUGUUGACCGUCAGGAAUUUGUGGAAGCAAGGUGUACAACUGGACUUAACAAUGCCCCUCCUUGUUUAUGGUCACUUUCUUCUCCUUCGGAACUGGAGGGGGCUCCCGUGGAAGCAUCGUCUGUAAACGCUGGGUUUGUUAGUUUUGUUAUUUUCCCUCGCCAUGUAGAAGGCAAAAAGCUGGACAGAACUGUCUGGAGUUUAUUGACAUUUCAUGCAUAUGUGAGUUACCAUGUUAAGGUGAGAUUUUUCUGCAGCUAGAUUUUCUUAUUCCUAUGUUUGGGCCUUGGGACAGGGAGCAUUCAAAUCAUCAAACUGAUGCCUUUUGGAUUUGAGGCUUCCACAGGGAACAAACAUGGAGUGUUAACUUUUCCUUAUUUAAUGGUUUAAGUCUCUUUAUUAUGCAAAAAUGAUGUUAUUUAUUAGAAUUUGCAACAUCAGCUUUAAACUAUGGACUAGUGGUCUGAUUAUGCUGAAGGUAAAGUGGAAGACCACUAGACACUGAGUUGUGAAGCUUGAGAAAGGAUGUUAUUCCUUGAACUUAAUUUACAUAGAGCAGUUUGGAGUGAAAUGAGCCCUAGAGGGGUAGGUGGGGUGAAUAGGACUACUGGAAUUUCUUGCGAAUACUGAACUUCAGUUCAAGUGUUUCUGGUCACUUUUCUCCUGAUUCUCAAUCAGGGGUAUUUUGGUCAUUCUACAGCAUUUCACUCACUGUUGUGUAAGCUCAGUAUCAUUGUAAAUGUGCGGAUUAAUUACACAAAUAUCAAAGAUUAACUCUUUUAAACUCAAUUACCCUGGGGUUAAGUGACAAGGAUCAGUUUGUUCAAUUGAGGAGAAUGAUCAA